UGAAACAAUGACGUACAUGCGCGCGCGCGCGUGCGUGCGUGAGUGAGUGAGAGAGAAAGAAAACGAGAGGAGGGGGCGAUGCGGAAUCGCGCAUGCGCGCUGUCCUAGCUAAAGGACAAUGAAGUCUGAUGUUGUGUCAAGGUGUAUAAUGGAGUUUGUUGUUUAUAUUUUGAGCGGAUUUCGAUGAGUCUGGAUAAGCUAGUCGGUACAUGGCUGUAUUCCAUGUGACUGGGACCCCUGAACUUUUUAAUGAAGAACAUUUGGACCUCGCUGAGCUCACGUGCAGAGUUCCUGUUCGGACACCGUCCUUAGUGUUGGAUCCGGCCGGGUUCGGGUUCGCGUUGUGCCGUUUUAAUGCCGCUUUUUUUUUUUCUAAACUGGAUUAGCAUUUAAUGUUUGAAGAGAAGUCUAACUGAUUUCCAAGCCGAACUGGGAUUUCCUUUUUGAUUCUCACCCGAGGAGCCGCUUUCUUACAGGGAGACCUUGAACAAUGUCGGAAGUCAUCAUCACGAAGAGAAAGGAGAAAUGUGAAAAUUGCACUAAACAGUGCAAGAAGAAGCUGACUGAUGAGGCUGUAAACUUAGAGUUGGAUGGAGAUGUUGCCAAUGGAGAGGUGAGUAGUCAACCUGUGUUGCUGAGCGCGUGUCUCUCCUGCGAUGGCUGUGUGUCCGAGGAAGAGAACCAGAAAAUCUCCCAACAGAGCCUGCAAGAGAUCAACCGAGUUCUUGCACUCAAUAAGAAAUGUGAUUCCUCCAAGCACAAAGUCCUGGUGGUGUCUGUGUGUCCUCAGUCAUUGCCAUUUUUUGCUGUGAAAUUUCACAUGGGCGUCCCGGCUGCUGCACAAAAGCUCUGUGGCUUCCUAAAGAGUGUGGGAGUGAAAUAUGUGUUCGACACAACUCUGGCUGCUAGCUUUAGUAUUCUAGAGAGUCAGAGGGAGUUUGUACAGCGCUAUCGACGUAGGCAUAGUGAUGCCCAUGCCAUGCCAAUGUUCACCUCCUCAUGUCCAGGUUGGAUCCGUUACGCGGAGCAUGUGCUGGGAAGCCUGGUCACUCCACACAUUUGUACAGCGAGGUCACCUCAGCAGGUUAUGGGAUCUCUGGUGAAAGACUACUUCACACGAAAGCAGAAGCUGAGCCAAGAGCAGGUGUACCAUGUAGUGGUCGCCCCCUGCUUUGAUAAGAAACUGGAAGCAGUGAGAGAAGAGUUUCACAAGAGCUUGCUUCAUACCAGAGAUGUGGACUGUGUGCUUACAUCAAUGGAAAUUCUUCACAUGAUGGAGCGGAGUAACGUCUCUGUGGAGGACAUUGAGCCCGUUCCUCUGGAUCACGUUUUUGCAGAUGUCACCGACACAAGGUUGAUGAGGCAUGAGGGUCGAGGCUCUGAAGGUUUUCUAGAGCACAUUUUAAAAUACGCUGCCAAAGAGCUCUUUGGGCUGGAUGUUAAAGAGGUUGUAUACAAGACACUCAGGAACCGAGAUUUCCAGGAGGUGGUGCUAGAGCGUGAUGGAGAGACCCUGCUUCAGUGUGCCGCAGUCUACGGUUUCCGGAACAUUCAGACUCUGGUGCACCGCAUGCGCAAAGGCAAAGUGCCCUACCAGCUAGUGGAGGUCCUGUCCUGUCCUGGAGGUUGUUUAAGUGGACGUGGACAGGCGGAGGGAGAAGGAGGAAAGCCUGAUCGAUCUCUCGUCCAGCAGCUGGAAGAAGCGUACGGUUCUCUGUCCGUCCGGCUCCCUGAAGCCAACCCUGAAGUCCAACGUCUCUAUGAGGACUGGCUGGAGGGACAGGACUCUCCACUUGUCCAGCAGAUCCUCCACACUCACUACAACGCUGACACAGAGUCACCCUCAAACACCCUUGGCCCUGAUAUGCAGUGGUGAUGCAGGCCAGAAAAGAGACCUGUUUUAUUUCUGUUCGUCAAACUUUCCAGCUAGCAAACACAAAGAUCAAGUAAAGAUCGGGAUGCAGCUGUAAAAGACUUUCUGUUUAUAGGAGACAUGUCACCUCUUAGCAGCCAAUCCCAGAUAUGCUCUUUAAGGUUAAGUAACUUUCCUGAUGAUCAAUCAAUUAGAAGAGAUAUCAUAAUGAAAUAUGUCCUUUAAGCUUAGCGUUAAAUUCUCCAGCACAAUAACAUAAGACCAUCAUGUAAUUAAUUAUAGCUUUGAAUUAUUUAAACUGUUGGUGCCUGGCUGGAAUACUUCCUAAAAUAACAAAAGUGCAAAAAAGUACUAAAUAGGUUACUUAUCAUUGGUGCCACACAUAAUAAAAAUGUAUUCACUGAAAUAAUAAUGCUCACAUUUAUUAUUUUUUGAAGCUGGAUACAGUCUAUGAACCUUAAAUGUCAAUUGCUUGUGCAGGAAUAUGCAAUUAUUCAAAUGACAUCAAUUAGAAAUCAACAAUACAAUAGCAAGUAUAUUUGACUGGCAAAGUUUGUAAAAUCUCAGAACAUACCCAGAAAAAUUAAAAAUUUAAUAUGCACAAGA